AUGUUCGGCGGCUCUUGUCUACCUUUGGAAAUCACAUUUUCGAUCAAAAUCAGAUAUCCUACACAGACGAACCCUGCAAAAGAUGUCGCAAACAUUCGAUUAUGGGAAGAGAAUUUUCCCUCUGGGCAUCUUGACACAAUACUCGGCGAAUCGAGUGACUUGAAGAUCAACGCGGUCGAGAACCUGACGGGGAUCGGCAACAUCCUUCUCUCCUACUUCGAGAAUUACCAGGGACCAAUGAACAGGGAACAGAACGAGUCUAAGUCGAGAAAGAUAUUUAAAGAUGAGCUUGAAAUGCAGUUGGAAAAAGAAAGAAUAAUGCUUGGUGCUGAAGAAAGAUCUGACUCGUCUUCGGAUGACGAGACUUCUGACGAUUCAUCUUCAACCGCUGAGCGUCAGAAGAACCGCCUUGGGCGCCUUCACAGUUAUGUGAGCUGUCUGGUAGAUCUCGCGCCGCUGAUUGAAAAAACCUUAUCCCGUUCAAAGCACAAGGUCGAACCGCAGCCUGUCUCGCUCGAAAAUAUGUUUCAAUUAUCCCACGAGGCUCAGCCAUAUGCCAUGCGUAUCCGCGAUAGAUUCACAAGUGCACCGGUCCAUCUUGUAGAGAGGUUAGCAGAGGCGAAUUGGGAAAGGUCCGUCCGCAUUCGAGCGCAAAGACAAGAGGAGGAAGGACUGUUCGUAGUAGGAGAUGCUCAGACAGUCUUCAAGCCCUAUUCACUCUUCCACGAUUCUGGCCUUGGAAGUUCCAUUCCUACGGUUUCACAGUACGCUGCCUCGGUUGCUUCUCAUGCUUCGUUCCUCUCAAUUGCUGGGGAAGAGGCUCAAGGCCGACCUCGAGUUCCCCCUCUUCUACAGGACUAUGGGGUUCCAUUUGCAUGCGACUACUGUGGAAGGACUGUUUCUAUGCUCAAUCGAAUUCAGUGGAAGAUGCAUGUUUUUGCUGAUUUGGAGUCGUAUAUUUGCACACACGAACAAUGUCAAGACGCUCUGAAGACAUUUUCCACCCGUAAGCUAUGGGCGGAACAUGAAUUCAAUGAACACUUCACUGUUCUCCGUUGGCGCUGCUUUACCUGCGGGGCAAUCAUUAGCACGCCGCAAUCAUUUAACAAGCAUAUGAUCGAGUGCCAUGAUAUUGUCUUGACCGCACAUCGUUUGACUGCCGCUGUUACAGAGGCUCAAGAGGCAGAGUUGACGCCCGAAUUCAAGAAACAUCAGUGUGCAUUGUGCUCACAGAGUGGUUGGCAAUCAAGAAAGGCAUACGCAACUCACGUCGGGAAACACCUAGAGGAAAUCUCACUGGCAUGUCUUCCGAGAGAUGAAGGUGGUAGCAGUGAUGAUGACUUAGAUACCGAUACAUCCAGUGCUGAAACCGUGGUUCUUGGGGAUCACCACAAAAUAUCGUUAUCAGUGUCAUAUCAAAAUCUGACUGCCGUGGCUGGCGAAGAGGUGGAGGAGACGGAAUCGCUACAAGCACUCAGUCCAUCGUCGACUGACCCAGUUAUCUCGAAGCAAUCACCACUUAAGCCACGCUACAAUGUGCAUCGUUACCGAAGGAUUGCGCCCAAACAAAACGUCGGUGGUUCUCCCAUGUCUUCUCCAAUAGCAUUGCCAGAAUCACCCUAUAUCGGAGAUCCGUCAGCUACAGACGACUGGGAAUCGAUGCCAGUUUUGUUACGUGGUAGUCGAAGCACAAAUGGAGAACCACAAGGCUAG